AUGCAAGCGGCGUCGGCGCACCGGAUGGCGGCGGCAGCGGCGGCGGUGGUGGUGGCGGACCCGCUUGAAAGGGUGGAGAGGCUGGCGGCGGAGAACGCGGUGGUGGUGUUCAGCGUGAGCACCUGCUGCAUGUGCCACGCGGUGAAGCGGCUCUUCUGCGGGAUGGGGGUCAACCCCACCGUCUAUGAGCUCGACGAGGACCCCCGGGGGAAGGAGAUGGAAAAGGCCCUAACGCGGCUCCUCGGCGGCGGCGCCGCUGUCCCCGUCGUCUUCAUCGGCGGCAAGCUCGUCGGUGCCAUGGACCGCGUCAUGGCCUCCCACAUCAACGGCACCCUCGUCCCUCUCCUCAAGGAGGCCGGUGCCCUCUGGCUCUGA